AUGGAUACCAUUUAUGAGAAAUUUAUAUUCCUGAUUGUCGCACUACAGCGGUCUCAAUCGCGAUCUUUGCUCGUUGUGACGCACUCCCGUCGCAUUAGGGUUACUCCCUCUGUCGCCUACGCUCAUCCCUCCCGUCGCGUAAUCAUAUUCCCCCCCGUGGCCCACGCUCACUCCCCUCCCGUCGCCUUCGCUCUUUCCCCUCCAUCGUCCCACGCUCACUCCCUCGCGUCGUCUUCGCUCAUCCCCCCCCCCCCCGUCGCCCAUGCUCACUCCCUACCGUCGUGUUCGCACACUCCCCUUCCGCCGCCCACGCUCACUCCCUCCCGCCGCGCUCGCUCACUCCCCUUCCGCCGCCCACGCGCACUCCGUCCCGUCGCGUUCGUCUACUCCCCUUCCACCGCCCACGCUCACUCCCCUCCCGUCGCGACAGUCCUCUCCGUCGCACACGCUCAUUCCUCUCAAACGCCCAUCUUCACUCCCCUCCGUCGCCCACGCUCACUCUCUCCCGUCGCCCACGCUCACUUCGACGGGAAGCACGCUCAUUUUCCAUCCGUCGCCCAUGCUCACUGCCCGUACGUCGCACACGCUCACUCCCCUCUGUCGCCCACGCUCACCCUCCUCCCGUCGCCUUCGCUCACUCCCCUUCCGCCGCCCACGCUCGCUCCCUCCCGUCGCGUUCGGCCCCAUCCGUCGCCCACGCUCACUCCCCUGCCGUCGCCCAUCCGCCUCACCCCAUCUCCGCCUCACCCCAUCUCCUCCUCACCCCAGCUCCGUCCGCGCGCACUCCCUCCCGUCGCGCGCGACAACUUCCCUUCCGCCGCCCACGUUCUCUCCCUCCCGCCGCGUUCUCUCACUCCCCUCCUGUCGCGACGGUCCCCUCCGUCGCACACGCUCACUCCCCUUGAGGGGAGACCAUCACUCACCCCCCUCGCUCGGCCACGCGAUUUCCCUCUUGUCGCCCAUGCUCAUACCACCCCGCCGCGCACGCUCUCCCCCCAUCCGUCGCCCACGCUCACUGCCCGUACUCCGCACACGCUCACUUCCCUCCGUCGCCCACGCUCACCCCCUGCCCCUCGCCUUCUCUCAUUCCCCUCCGUCGCCUAUGCUCCCUCCCCAUCCCUUCCCUCCUCCCAUCCCUUCCCUCCCCAUCCCUUCCCUCCCCAUCCCUUCCCUCCCCAUCCCUUCCCUCCCCAUCCCUUCCCUCCCCAUCCCUUCCCUCCCCAUCCCUUCCCUCCCCAUCCCUUCCCUCCCCAUCCCUUCCCUCCCCAUCCCUUCCCUCCCCAUCCCUUCCCUCUCCAUCCCUCACCUCCCCAUCCCUCACCUCCCCAUCCCCGCCUCCCCAUCCCUUCCCUCUCCAUCCCUCACCUCCCCAUCCCUCACCUCCGCACCCUCUCACUCCCCAUCCCUCACCUCCCCGACACCGCCCUCCCCAUCCCUUCCCUCUCCAUCCCUAACCUCCCCAUCCCUUCCCUCCCCAUCCCUCACCUCCCCAUCCCUCACCUCCCCAUCCCUCACCUCUCCAUCCCCCAUCUCCCCAUCCCUCACCUCCCAGUCUCUCAUCUUACCAUUCCUCUCUCUACCCAUCCCUCACCUCCCCAUCCCUCACCUCCCCAUCCCUCACCUCCCCUCCCCCCCCCCCCCCCCCCCCCCAUCCCUCCUCUCCCCAUCCCUCCUCUCCCCAUCCUCCUCUCCCCAUCCUCCUCACCCCUCCUCCUCCUCUCCCCUCCCUCCUCCAUCACCCCUCUCCUCCUCACCCCAUCCCCUCUCCCCAUCCCUCCUCAUCCCCCCUCCCCGUCCCCUCCUCUCCCCGUCCCUCCUCCCCGUUCCCUCCUCUCCCCGUCCCCUCCUCUCCCCGUUCCCUCCUCUCCCCGUCCCCUCCUCUCCCCGUCCCUCCUCUCCCCUCCCUCCUCCUCAUCCCCUCCUCUCCCCUCCCCCCUCUCCCCAUCCCUCUCUCCCUCCCCUCCUCUCCCCAUCCCCUCCUCUCCCCAUCCCCUCCUCACCCCAUCCCUUCAUCUCCCCAUCCCCUCCUCACCCCAUCCCCUCCUCUCUCCAUCCCCUCCUCCCAUCCCCUCCCCCCUCCUCUUCUCAUCCCCUCCUCUCCCUGCCCCCUCUUCUUCCCAUCCCCUCGUCUCCCUGUCCCCUCCUCUUCUUAUCCCUUCCUUCCCCCAUCCCGUUGCCCCUUUCCUUCAUGUCUCUUCACUUUGUUCCUCCCAUCCUCCCAUCCUCAUUCCUCCCUGCCACCCUUUCUCCUCCCCUCUUUCCUCCCCAGCCUCUCUUCCUCCCCUCCCUUCUGCUUCUCUCCCCCACGUCCUCCCUACCUCCCUUCCCCCCAACCAUCACUACCUCCCUUCCUUCAUUCCUGCAUUCCUCGCUUCCUCCCUUCCUCCGUUCCUCCCUUCAUCAUUUGUCAGUUGUCAUUCUUUUGCAUCAGCCACUUCAGCCAAGUCACAUCUGACUUCCUGGUUUGUGUUUGUACAGGUCUGCUCUGCAUCUGGUUGUGAUGUGCUGGCUGUUUGA